GCUUCCUGCUCCAGCGGCCCCGGGGGAGCGGGAGCGGGGAGCUGGCAGCGGCCCCAGCCCACUCCUUACAAGGCCUGAGCCUGGCCCAGGCCCGCCCCUGGCCCGCCUGCCGGAGGCCCCAGUCCCUCCCCCUGUCAAGAGCGGCCGCGAGCCGGCCCCGGGCCAGUCGGGGGGCAUCGCGAUGCUGCUGCGCCUGCUGCUGGCCUGGGCGGCCGCGGUGCCCACGCUGGGCCAGGCCCCCUGGGCGGCCGAGCCCCGGGCCAUCUGUGGCCCCGGCCGCUGCUACGCACUCUUCCCUCGGCGCCGCACCUUCCUGGAGGCCUGGCGGGCCUGCCGCGAGCUGGGGGGCGACCUGGCCACGCCGCGAACCCCCGAGGAGGCCCGGCGUGUGGACAGCCUGGUGGGCUCGGGCCCAGCCGGCCAGCUGCUGUGGAUCGGCCUGCAGCGGCAGGCCCGCCAGUGCCAACCCCAGCGCCCGCUGCGCGGCUUCACGUGGACCACGGGAGACCAGGACACGGCCUUCACCAACUGGGCCCAGCUGGCCACAGGAGGGCCCUGCCCAGCCCAGCGCUGCGCCGCCCUUGAGGCAAGCGGCGAGCAUCGCUGGCUCGAGGGCUCGUGCACGCUGGCCGUCGACGGCUACCUGUGCCAGUUUGGCUUCGAGGGCUCCUGCCCCGCGCUGCCGGACGAGGCGGGCCAGGCAGGCCCGGCGGUCUACACCACACCCUUCCACCUGGUGUCUACCGAGUUUGAGUGGCUGCCCUUCGGCUCCGUGGCAGCCGUGCCGUGCCAGGCUGGCAGAGAAGCGUCCCUGCUCUGCGUGAAGCAGCCCGAUGGUGGCGUGGGCUGGUCUCGGGCCGGGCCCUUGUGCCCAGCGCCCGGCUGCGGCCCGGACAACGGGGGCUGCGAACACGAGUGCGUGGAGGAGGUGGACGGCCGCGUGUCCUGUCGCUGCACUGAGGGCUUCCGGCUGGCGGCGGACGGGCAGAGCUGUGAGGACCCCUGUGCCCAGGCUCCGUGUGAACAGCAGUGUGAGCCCGGCGGGCCGCAGGGCUAUAGCUGUCACUGUCGCCUGGGUUUCCGGCCGGCUGAGGACGAACCGCACCGCUGCGUGGACACAGAUGAGUGCCAGAUCGCUGGCGUGUGCCAGCAAAUGUGUGUCAACUACGUCGGUGGUUUUGAGUGCUACUGCAGGGAGGGCCACGAGCUCGAGGCUGACGGCAUCAGCUGCAGCCCGGCUGGGGCCAUGGGAGCCCACACUGCCCAGGACCUAGGGGACGAGCUGCUUGAUAAUGGGGAGGACGAAGAGGAUGAACAUGAGGCCUGGGAUACCUUUGAUGGCAGCUGGACGGAGGUGCCUGGGAUCCCGUGGAUGGAGGCCACGCAGCCGCCUGACUUUGGCCUGGCCUACAGACCUAGUUUCCCAGAGGAGGGAGAGCAUCCGAUGCCCUACCUGGACCCCACCUGGCCACCCCCGCUUAGUGCUCCCAGGGUCCCCUACCACUCCUCGGUGCUCUCUGUCACCCGACCCGUGGUGGUCUCUGCCACACGCCCCACACUGCCUUCUGCCCACCGUCCCCCUAUCAUCUCUGCCACACGCCCACCCUGGGCCCCUGCCCCCGAGCCUCCUGUGAUCCCUGCCAGGCAUCCAGUUUUGCCUCCUAACCACCAGUUCCCCAUGAUCUCAGCCAACCGUCCAGAUUUGCCCUCUGCCUACCAACCCCCCAUUAUCUCUGCCACUCGCCCAGCACAGCCUCCAGCUCACCAGCCCCCAAUUAUCUCAGCCAAAUAUCCUGAACUGUCCCCUGUGUUUCCAGACACCCCAGUCACUGAUACCCAGACCACGGCUCAUGUGCUUCAGAUCCCUGCUAACCACACUCCUCUGGGUACCACUUCCGGGGGCCAUCAAUCCCUUGUCACCCCAGAUGUCCCGGUCCUCCAAGCCCAGGCCACCCACCUUCCCAUUACCUCGACUGUCCAGCCCCCUCUGACCACUACCUCCAGACCCCCUGUGCUCCCUGCCCAUCAAGUUCCUGGGUCUCCUGCUGGGCAGCCCCCAGCCCCCCACACUACCCUCACCUCAGAGCCCCCCCAGAGCCCCACUAACCAGACCUCAUUCACCAGCCCUACACACCCCCAUUCCAAACCCCCACAAGUCCCAAGGGAGGGUGCCCGGGACGCUAAGGUGGCCCCAUGGCUGCCCUCAGCAGCCCCCACAGCAGCCCCGACAGCCCUGGGGGACUCCAGUCCGGCAGGCCACGGCCGGAGGGAUGACCGGUGGCUGCUGGUGGCACUCCUAGUACCCACAUGUGUCUUCUUGGUGGUCCUACUCGCAUUGGGCAUCGUGUACUGCACCCGCUGUGGUCCCCACGCACCCAACAAGCGAGUUACCGACUGCUAUCGCUGGGUCACCCACGCUGGGAGCAAGGGCCCAACAGAACCAGUGCCCCACCGGGGCAGCCUCACAGGGGUGCAGACCUGCAGAACCAGCGUGUGAUGGGGCGCAGCCCCCCCCGCGGGGUGGGGGGAAGUGCUUGCGUUGGACACAUGGCCCAGGCUGCACCAGGGACCCACGGGGGCUGCCCAGCUGGACAAAGGGCUUCCUGCUCCCCCGGGCCCAGCCAGGAUCCUCUUUCGGUCAACUACCAGACUAGACUCUUGGGAAUUCCGCUCCCCGGCCCAGCACUCAUGACAGAGGAGACGCCAAGGCUCCCAGGACCUCAGGGGGUGGGUGCUGGGGUCUUCUCCAAUAAACGGGGUGCCAACCUCACCCAAA